AUGGACAGAUUUCUUGUACAACCAGCAAAUCUUAAUGAAUCCGAUAGAAGUAAUGACGAGUUUGAUGAUCCAAUGGAAGAUGAGAAGGAAAUAAAUGAUGAGACUAUUAAUGAAGAAGAUAAGAAGAAUGAAGAUAAUGUUAACGUUGAGAUUGAAGAAGAUGAGAAUCUAAGUAUAAAGGAGAAUCAUGAUGUGAAUGAUCAUCAAGAUAGUACAGAUAUAGGCAGAAUCUUAGAUAUUUAUGAUCCUGGAAAUUGGGGAGAAGUCAAACCUGGAUUAAGACUUGUCAUGGUUGAAAAAGGUCAUGCUCAAAGACUACCGAAUGAUUUUGUGUUUCCAAGAGAGAAGUUGUUCACUCGCGACAACAAUCCCAGUCACAUGGCAUCUAAGGGAUUCAAUGACUGGAAACAUAUUUUGGAAAGGUUAAGGUGCCACGAGACUAGUCAUGAGCACAUCAAAUCAUUUCGUGGGGGAGACGAAAAGCAAAGAGUAGAUGGCAAUGGAAAUUUUUUAAGCUUUAUUGAUUCAAUGGCUGAGUGGGAUCUGGUAAUGAGAGAACAUGUUAGACGGUUUGAAGAUGGGGAAUCUCGUUAUCACUAUCUCAGCAACAGAAUUCAGAAUGAGUUGAUAGCAACGAUGGCUGAUGAGAUCAAAGAUAUAAGUCAUCAUGAACAAAUGACUCUUAUCCUUCGAUGUGUUGAUGUUUCAGCAGCUUCAGCUAAGAUAGAAGAAUUUUUUUCUCACAUUCUUGAUAGUUAA